CUUGUAAAGGGUGACCGCGCUGUCCAGCUCAGCCCCGCGGGCUUUUCUUUCUGAUUCUUUGUAAUACAUACUAUAAACCGUCAGCAAAGCCCGGUGCUAAGCUCUGACCACUAAAUUUGUGUUGUACUGCAUGCACUCCGCCAUUGACCAUCCUGACUCUUUUCGCCGUUAAUCUCCAGGCUUUUUUCGCUCUUUUCUUCCUCUCGCCCCCAGAUUCUGUCCUCCCACAUUUUCUCUUUUCUCGUUAUUAAUUAAUGCACUGACCCCGAUCCUUUCGUUCUCGUUUCUUACCGUCUCAAAUCUGCUUCUCACUCUGUCUUGGACGCUCUCUUGCUAGAUUGCCGCGUCACUAUUUUCUUUCACCUUCAACUCCGGAACAUCCCAUCAUGGUGGACGGGCACGCAGCAGCCCCGGCUGAGGCUUCUGCUCCUGCUGCUGGUCAGGCUGAUGGGCCUGCUCCAGUGCAAGCAGAUGUGCGUCAUGCCAACGCUGGCAACGCCCACGACCACACUGCCCCGAGAAGCGAGAAGAGCUCCAGCCCUGGGCGUAUAACACCGCGACCAACAUUCCUGGAGAACCUCGCCGAUUCCCGAGAUUCACAAUUCAUGCUACAUCGGCAAGAUUCGGAUGAUCUCGAUCGGUACUUUCACGGCCCGAGAGAUCUCGAUAAGCAUUCAAAAUGGCCCAUCAUGCUCCGUAUGCAUGGCAGUAUAUCGCCAAAAUUGAUACUCCCAAUUGCUUUCAUCGCCGGCUGGUCCUCUUGUAUAACUUUAAUUUGCCACUUCGUCUAUGAUAUUUCUGUUGAUAACAUCCUCCUGACUGUUUUGGGUUUUGUCGUUGGUCUGUCACUUUCUUUCCGAAGUUCCACUGCAUAUGAAAGAUGGGCGGAUGGCCGGAAAUACUGGUCAUUGCUCAUCCAGACAUCUCGCAACCUGUCUCGCACCAUUUGGGUGAACACGUCGGAGCGAGAAGAUGAGGAAGAAGGAAAGGAGGACUUGCUAAGGAAGCUGACGGCUAUAAACCUAAUCAUAGCCUUCGCAAUUGCUUUGAAGCACAAGCUGCGGUUUGAACCUGAUGUCGGAUACGAAGACCUAGCGGGCCUAGUUGGUUAUCUCGACACAUUCGCCAAGGAAGCUCACGACCGCCAGGUCCUCCAGCCAAAGAGGAAGACGCUUUGGAAGGCGGCUGGUGAAUACUUGGGCGUUUCAUUCGCAGAAUCGAACCCUAGAAAACUCAUCAAGCGCUCAAAGAAGCCGUUGGGCCAUUUGCCUCUGGAGAUUCUCAACCACAUCUCGGCCUACAUCGAUUCAGUUAUCAAUAACGGAACUCUCUCUAUCAGUCUUCAUCAGUCUCAAGCUAUCACCUACCUUGCCCAGAUGAACGAGGUCGUUACUGGCACCGAGCGUGUCCUCGACACCCCGCUACCGGCUGCUUACAGUAUCGCAAUCGCCCAGAUCGCGUGGAUAUAUGUCCUCGUCCUCCCAUUCCAGCUGUACGACUCCCUAGGCUGGGUGACAAUUCCUGGAUCAAUCGUUGCCGCAUACAUCAUUCUCGGUCUUGCAACCAUUGGCAGCGAAAUCGAAAACCCCUUCGGCCACGACGUCAACGAUCUCCCUCUUGACACAUACUGCAGACAGAUUGCCCUCGAAAUGGACCUAGUCACCGCAAACCCGGCACCUAAGGUUGAUGAUUUCUCCUCUCGCGAGGACAAUUACGUCCUUUACCCCCUUAGCACAUCGGGCCAGCCGGAAUGGAAGGACCGCAGUGUUGAGGAUAUCCGUGCCGCUUUGCGUGCGAAAGUGGUUGCAAACACUGGCCAUGGUUCGUCAAGUACUUCGACAGUGGUUGAACAAGUCAAUGCGAAGUUCAACAAGACGGCCUCGGUAUAACACAAGUUUCUUCCCCUCACUUUUGAUGAGGGGAGAUGCAAUAAAAUUGAAAAGACUAGGAAAGACAAAAAAAAAAGUCGAGAAUGCAUGGCAAUUUGAAGGGAAUUUGAAACUUCUUUUAUCGCGUCGCAAGCAUGGAAUCGGUUUCGGGCGUCUCUUGAUUGGUUGAGCGUGAGUCUACUAUACUAUAUCAUCUGUCUUGCCUGUUCAUCAUUGUGGUUUUGUGUUGAGCUUGUCCAUUCCUCUUUCGAUUUUAUUCGAUCGACGUUCGUUACCUGCGGUUGGCCUUUUGUCUGUUGUUAAAUACAUACAAAAUCGUGUUUUUAGAAUCUUUGCUGUAUAUUUUCGAAAAUUUGAACUUGAUCAUAGCGUUGUUUAGACGCACACAUUAAGUAUCUGUUCAGUCGCCUGUCAUUGU